AUGUUGUCAACCUCUCUACGCCGGGCGGCAUGGGCUCCCAUGCCGUUGCCGGGGAUAACUCGCUCCAGUCAGAAUCUUACCAGCAGCUUGCUUGGCGCAAUCCGACCUCUGCACGAACGCCGGUAUUCCUCAUCUUCCAAACCACCCGUCCCGCCCAGCGAUGGCUCCCGACGAAUGGACACCUCUGCCCCGGCAAAGGGAGUCAACUCCUCUAGCGAGAAGAACAAGGCUACCCGCCGUCGGGGGAAGGACAGCGCUUCCCGGAGCGGAUCUUCAAAGUCUAGCCAGUAUUCGGCAUUUUCCAACCUCCCCAGUGUCCCCUCGACACAGCACCGACAGCCUCAUGAUGUCCAUGUCGCGUCGUUCUUUUCCAUCCACCGACCAAUCUCGGUGACGACCACUGUGCCCCCGACCUCGACCACUGAUGCCUUUGAAGCGAUCUUCUCGUCAAAGCGCCCGCUGAGGAACGAGCCGCAGGACGUCAUCUUCACUCUCUCCUCGGCCGUGCAGUCGAUGGAUCCCGCCUCGCAAGGCAUGUCCGAGUCCGAAGAUCAGUUCCGGACUUUCAGCGAACAGGAUGGCGAGCUCCGCAUGUUGGAUGGACCCGAUGCCAAGAUGUCUGUGGAGGAAUACACCCGUCGUCUUCGUCCCUUCCAGCCUCCUCCCCCACCCGUCCCCAUGGACACAUCCGCUUUCGAAGCUGCCGAGUCCACCGAAUCUCAGCUCGACAACGAGUACCAGACCUACUCGACCGUCCUGACCAUUCGCGAGGCCCGCCACGCCGAUGGCCGCAAGACCUACGAGGCUCACACCGGUCCUUUCGUCCGCAACGGCGAGAUGGAGGGCCCAUCUGGUCUGCACGAAGAGAUCUCCAUUGAGGCACCCUCCGAUUCCACUGCCGGCAUGACCUACAUGGAGCGUGUGCGUAACAACCGCACCAUGUACGCCAUCAGCACCAAGAGACGCCGCAAGGUCAAGAUGAAGAAGCACAAGUUCAAGAAGCUGAUGAAGAGGACGCGUACCCUGAGACGGAAACUUGAUAAGUAG